UAAAUUAAUGAAUAUAAAAGCCUCAGCCCGCACCAAGUAAAUAUAGCAGGCGACAGUACGAAGGAAGCAGAGGCUCUUCCGAAUCAAUUUGCUGCAGGAGGAGCCGAGAUGGGGACCAGUUCCAGAGCUAAGGCAUGGGGCAGAUAACCUUUCAACAAGUGUUAUUCAAUAGGUAUGAACCCGUCACUUUUAGACAGCCUAAAUGCGAAUUUUCUGUCUCGAUUUAGUGAAAGCAAUAUAUAUUGCUUACGCAUUCGCGCCAUGUCUCCAUCCAUUUAAAACAAUGUACGGUGUUGUUCCACAAUUCUCUCGAUCAACAAAUUCAACGCUAUGUCCACCUGUGUAAGCGCCGUCCCCUCCCCUCCCCCCCUUUUUUUUCAUUACUGUAUUUGUCAUGAUGCACCAGACAGCUGAAAUCAUUUGUUUCUCAUUUAUAAAUUCCUCAGUUUACCGACCUCCACUUGCGAAUUGUAUUACAAUCGUUUAAAUAUACCUGUAAAUUAACACCGCAAAUAAUAUCAAUAAGGCUCCUUCUUUUUUUUUUUUUUUUUUUUUUACGAGGUGGCCUCCACCCGAACUUCAUAUUUCACUGACGUGCCAAGCUCUCGUGGCAGGCCGCUCCAGCAAGCUUCAGUACAAAUUUAAGUCCUUAAGUGCCUUGGUAUAUCUUCGCCGGGUCUAUUCACUGACUGCUGACCCCGACACUCCUAAUUUCCUGUCAGUGAGGAAAACUUGUGAAAAUAUCUUCCUCAUGUCGAUCGGGUCAUACGGCAUCCAUAAAAACGGAAGGAGCGCUCAAGACAGAAUAAAGAUGACAAGGCACCAGCACAAGCCUACCUUUCUAAAGAAAAGUUCCUCGGGGUAUCGCUAAUGACGCUGUUUCCAAACUUACGUGUGAGCAGUUGGCGUUGGUUUGAAACUUGAAGUGCAAUUGGGACCUAGCGAUGAAACAAACACUGUACUGAGCAUCGGGUUCUCUGUUCUUUCGAUCAUAGUUAUAUUCGCACGGCCUUCUUUAUUUCACAGCACAGCUGCACUGACAGGGCACUCAAGGGUUGCAUCGAAGAGCUAUGAAGUUCAGCCUGAAUCCAAUCAUGCUGUCCCAUCAGCUUCGCCAGUUGGGCGAUCCCCGAACACGUGACUACCCGGUGGUGACGAACCCCCUCUUUGUGUUCACGCUGCUGCUGUCUUACCUGUAUUUCGUCAAGGUGGCCGGCCCUCGCUGGAUGAAGAACCGGGAGCCCUUCCGCAUCAUCAGCAUCGUGCGCUUCUACAACUUACUCAUGAUAUCCGUGGGCAUCCGCUUCCUCUACCUGGUGCUGAAGUUCACCUACCUUCCGGGCGGCCACUACAACCUCUGGUGCCAGGGCAUCACGGGUCACAUGACCGACGAGAUGCGCGAGUACUACCGCACGGGCUGGAUCUACAUCGCGGUGCGCUACUGCGACCUCCUGGACACCGUGUUCUUCGUGCUGCGCAAGAAGUUCGCCCACGUGUCGCUUCUGCACGUGUUGCACCACACGAUCGUGGUCGCCAACGCGUGGUUCUUCGCGCUGUUCGCGCCCGAAGGCCAGCCGACCCUGGGCAUGUGCCUGAACGUGUUCGUCCACAUCAUCAUGUACUCGUACUACUUCCUGACGACCUUCGGUCCCUCAGUGCGCAAGUACCUGUGGUGGAAGAAGUACCUGACCACAUUGCAGAUUGUGCAGUUCGUUGUUAUCAUGAUACACAUGUCCAUACCGCUCUUCGUCGACUGCGGCUUCCCGAGGCACUUGAUCGUGAUGGGUAACGUGCAGACGUUCCUCAUUCUCUGCCUCUUCGUAAACUUCUACGUCAAGACGUACGUCGCCAAACCCGUUCAAUUGGUUUUGCAAGGAAGUGAAAGCGAGGAAAGGAGAAACGGCUACUUCGUUCCAAACGGGAAGAAUAAAUGCGCGUAG